UUAUAGUUUCUUGCGAAUGGCCUUUAUCGGCCUGGAAACCUACAGGAGGGAAUUUUGGGAUUUUUACUGGAGGAUAUACAGCACACAAUCAAGCAGGCAUCCCAGAAGCAAUGCUUCGUUUGUGGCGAGCGAGGGGCCACCAUCACCUGCACGGAGACGGGCUGUGAACGCAGCUUCCAUCUCCCCUGCGCCUCGGAGGGAGAAUGUGUCACCCAGUUCUUUGGGCGGUACAGGUCCUUCUGCUGGGAGCACCGCCCUCAGCAGGCAGUGCAGGCAGCUCCAGAGCAGGACACCACCUGCAUCAUCUGCAUGGACCCUGUGGGGGACAGCAAGUCCUACCACACCAUGGUGUGCCCAGCCUGCAGUCACGCCUGGUUCCACCGGGGCUGCAUCCAGGGACAAGCUGUGUGCGCAGGCAUUCUCUGCUUCCAGUGCCCCAUCUGCAGAAACAGGGGGGAGUUUUGUUCAGAAAUGUUCAUCAUGGGGAUCCGAGUCCCAUUCAGGUUCGUGUCCCUCUGCCCUGCUCUCUAGACACGAGGGCACAAGCGCUGCGCAUGGCCAGGGACUGGACAAUUUCCCUCCCUUCUCUCGCAGAAGACCAACCUGGGAGAACAACGACGCCUUUGCAUCGCUGCGAGAGAGGCACCAGCGCUGUGAUGUCAGCGAAUGCCUUUACCCACAAGGCAGGGAGCAGGCGGAGGGACAGGGGCCCUGGCAGCUGCUCCUGUGCCGCUCCUGCGCCGCCGAAGGCACCCACCGGCGCUGCUCCAACUUGACCAACAGCGCAGGCACCUGGGAGUGCGGCAGCUGCGCUGGCGUGGGCACCGCCUCCAGUGCCAACCUGGGGCUCGCCGGCCCCACCACCUCCAGUAAAGAGGCUCUGGGGCCCUCCCGUGGCUCCCCAGCACCUGAAAGCAGCAGCCUCAGCAGCGCCAGCAGCCAGGCAGCACCGGGGCCAUCCCACAGUUCCCAGGUGACUGAGAGGAGGCGGCCAGGGACAGAACAGAGGACAAUCUGCCAGCCUGUACGCCAGGCCCAAGACACCUGUAACGAUCCUGGAAGAAGCCGCUGCAGGAGCAGCCGUGCUGCAGAACCCAGCGCUGGGAGCAGCACCCCCAGCUUGGCCAGCCAGAGGGCACCAGGAACCUCCAGUCACUCCUUGGUGCCCGAAGGCAGACACCCCGCCAGCCAGCGAGGGCGACCCCGGACAAGAAGCCGCUCACCGCUGGAACGUCCAGCCCCGGAUCCUCAGAGCCGGCCCCGAAGACGCCACAGGAGCAGCCGUGCACCACAAACUGGUGCGGGGAGCAGCAGCAGCGCCAGAUCUGCCAGGCGGGCGGCAUCGGGGUCCCCCAGUGGAUCCCCGGGGCCUAAACGGAGACGAUGCUCCAGCCAGCAGGGGACGGCCCAGAGAAGAAGCCGCUCCCCAUUACAACACCAGGCCCCAAAUACCCAGAGGCAGACCCGAAGACGGCAUCGGAGCAGACGUGCUACAACCCCCAGUGCUCAGAGCAGCAGCGACAGCAGCAGCAGCAGCUCUGCCAGUGGAACAGCACCAGGAACCUCCAGUCGCUCCACGGUGCCCAAAGGCAGACACCCCGCCAGCCAGCGGGGGCGACCCCGGACGAGAAGCCGCUCACCGCUGGAACGUCCAGCCCCAGAUCCCCAGAGCCGGCCCCGAAGACGCCUCAGGAGCAGCCGUGCACCACAAACUGGUGCUGGGAGCAGCAGCAGCGCCAGAUCUGCCAGGCGGGUGGCAUCGGGGUCCCCCAGUGGAUCCCCGGGGCCUAAACGGAGACGAUGCUCCAGCCAGCAGGGGACGGCCCAGAGAAGCCGCUCCCCAUUACAACACCAGGCCCCAAAUACCCAGAGGCAGACCCGAAGACGGCGUGGGAGCAGACACAACACUGGAGUGAUACCAGUGCUGUUCCAGCUACGACUGCAGAGCACAGCACUGUGUGGGCUGCUGCAGGGAAAGGUGACUCCAUCCUAGACAGACCCAACACAAUCACCUAAACCCUCAGUUUGCAGGCCCAGGGGCUCCUUUGUAGGGACCAAGCCCUUUGGUUCAGGGCCCUGAGACUGCUCUCUGCAGACAAAGCUGGAUUCUUAUUGCAUACACCCUCGCUUUUAUGGCCCAGGCUGUCAUUUUCAGGGCACGAUGCCGUAUCUUUAGGGCCCCCAGUUGCACUGUGAGGUGCAGAGCUGCCUUUUAGGGUACAAAGCCUUAUUCGUGAGGAAAUACCCUGCUUCUUCAGGUCCAAAAUCCUCACGCUAGGAGACAAGGCCUCAAUUCGAGGGCCCAAAGCCUCCUUUAAGGGUCCAAACACCCAUUUGGAGGGACCAAAGCAUCAUUGUAGGGUCCAGUCCGUGAGCCAGAGACUCCAAAGGCCCAGGGUCCAGGUCUAAAGCCUCACCUUGACGACCAAGCCUCCCCACGCUCCCCCUCCGUCCCCAUUUUAAGUCUUCAAAGCCGCAUUAGUAAGCCCCCGUGUUUCCUCUCUAGGCUCCGAAGCCUUCUUUUAAGGCUCCAGAACCUCCUCUUGGCAUCCCAAGUCAUCUUCUGAUCGCCUAAACCCUCAGUUUGCAGGCCCAGGGGCUCCUUUGUAGGGACCAAGCCCUUUGGUUCAGGGCCCUGAGACUGCUCUCUGGAGAUAAAGCUGGCUUCUCAUUACUUACA